ACCAGAUACACGGUGUCGACAAAUUAAAAAACCACAAAAAAUAUCUGGGGUCAGUUAUUUCAGUUUUUCGUUAGUUUAGUUUAGGACUUUACGACUGGUGUCGGCUGGUGUUGUUUUUGUGAACUAACAGACUUUGAUACUUCUUAUUCCUCCAUGAUGUGCUCAAGACGGGCAGCAGUUUGUCUGGCUUUAACCCUGCUUUUUGCAAUGGUUUCGGCAGCAACUCCGGCCUACAAAGUCGGGGUCGGAAUCUCAGAUGUCACCGGUCCUGCUCUUGAUGUGAACAUGAUGGGCUACGCAAGUUUCAGCCAGAACUCGGAGGGUAUUCAUUUGAGGCUAUUCAGCCGUGCGUUCAUCACUUGCGAUCUGAACCAGACCGAAUGCAAUGUGUUCGUCAGCGCCGAUAUUGGAAUGGCAUCUACGCUCAUCAAAUUACAAGUGAUAGAAAAGCUCAGAGAGGAAUACGAAGGUCAAUACAACGAGAUUAACGUCGCCAUCAGCGGCACCCACACUCACUCCGGGCCAGGCGGUUACUUCCAGUACAGUCUGUACACCAUUACUGCGUUAGGUAUGAAACGGUCUGGCAUCGAACCCAUCGUGGCAGGAAUUGUUCAGAGCAUCAGAAACGCUCACAAUAACCUUCAAGACGGGAACAUCUCAUACAAGAAGGGCGAAUUGUUGGGAGCUAACAUCAACAGAAGUCCGACGGCUUACUUGAAAAAUCCAAAAGAUGAAAGAGACAAAUACCUAUAUGACGUCGACAAAGAAAUGACAGUGCUCAAGUUUGAGGAUAAAGAUGGAAAUGGAUUGGGAGUUAUUUGUUGGUUUCCAGUUCAUCCAGUCAGCAUGGAGAACACCAACAAGCUCAUCAGCAGCGACAACAAAGGCUUCGCUUCCUACCUCUUUGAGAUGGACAUGAACCCGGGCUCCAAAAUGGGAGAGGGCUCGUUUGUGGCUGCCUUCCCAAAUAGUAACCACGGCGAUACAACCCCGCAUGUCAACGGUACCGUCUGCAUCGACACGGGAGAACCUUGCGAAGAGGAGACAAGCACAUGCGGAGGAGAGCCAACAAAUUGCCUCGGUGGGGGUCCAGGAAAUGACAUGUAUGAGAACACUCGAAUGAUCGCCGAGAAGCUCUAUGAAAAAGCGAAGGAAUUGUACGACGCGACUGGUACGCCCGUCAGCGGGCCGGUUUCAUCCAUUCAACAGUAUGUGAACAUGUCGUCGGUAACCGUCACCAAGGGCAAUGAAACAUUUAAAACUUGCACGCCGGCUCUUGGCUACAGUUUUGCAGCAGGCACUACAGACGGGCCUGGAAUCGCUAGCUUCAAACAAGGGAUGACAAAAGGAGAAAGCUUUUGGGACAACCUCAUACGUUCGCUCUUCAACGAUUACGAAGCGACGCAGGAGUGCCAAGAACCGAAGCCAGUACUCCUUCCCGCCGGAGAUUACAUUAAUACAACCGGUAUGUCUCCGGCAAUACAGGCCAUUGUUGCUCUACUGGCUGCAGAUCCCAUGGUGCCCGAUAUCGUAGAGACCCAGCUUUUACGCAUUGGGCAGUUCGUUAUCAUCCCAGGCCCUGUAGAGUUCACAACAAUGUCCGGAAGAAGGAUGAUGGAGAAGGUGAAAGAGAAAUUGGUUGCGAGUGGCAUGAGUAGUGAUGCUGUGACUAUGAUUACUAGUCUUUCAAACGCCUACACCAACUACGUAACUACCUAUGAAGAAUAUACGGCUCAGCGUUACGAAGGAGCGUCAACCAUGUACGGCCCACAUACCCUAGACGCCUACCUGCAACAGUACUUAAUGCUUGCGGAGAAUCUGGUGAAGGAUAUAGGUGUUGAAACCCCUGGCCCAGACCCGCCAUCCAAACCACUCCCUCCAAAACUAGAUUUAGACAAUGACGCUUUCCCUGAGGGCAAAAAAGUCGGCGAUAUAAACCAGAAAGUCGAUUCUAAGUACCGCCAGGGCUCCACAGCAGAGGCAAUCUUCUGGUCUGCAGAUCCGAAACGCGGUUUCGAGGCCUCGCUGGGGACUUCCUUUUUCUCUGUUGAGAAAUUUGACGGCACAGAUUGGAUUGUGAUUGCCAACGAUGCCGAUUGGAACACGAAGAUCUUCUGGCGAAAGGCGGACAAGCAAAGCCGAGCCACUGUGCAGUGGAUGAUCCCCGAAGACGCCGAACUCGGAAUGUAUCGUUUCGUUCACAGCGGACGCUGGAAGCAGAAUGCCAUUCUGCCAUUCACCACGAAGUUUGAAACUAGAUCUGGGGAUUUUGAAGUUGUCAGCAAGGACUACACCAGACCCAAAACCAGAAAGUAAAUGAACAUUGUACGACAGGUUUUUGAUUAAAGGGAAUGUACAACAUCUGCAAACAUCGAAAAACAAAACUACCAAAUUUUUACAAAAUAUCUUUCUAGGAUGUUGGUAAAUGACAGUCUAAAGCAUCCUGUAAAAUUAUGGCACCAGG